GAUAGAAUAUUGAUUUUACAUUUUUAAAAGCAUUCCUAAUUAUUAAGAAAUCAACAAAAAUAUAUUUAUUAUAUUCUGAGAACUGAGAAGGUAUUAUUUUAUUUUUGAGACGUUCGGAACUUAAUUUAAUAAUACUUAUUGCACAGGAUAAGAAAUUUACAUAACGUCCAAAGUCGUUCAGUAAAACCCUACAAUAAACCUCAACCUUGGUAUCAGCAUUAGGAAUAAUCUAUUUAAAAGUAUACUACACCCUUAAGACAGGUAGAAGAUGGCAUCGGUAGGGUUUCAAUUCUAGGCUCUUAUUUAAAAAAGGACAACUGAAGUGUAAGAAAGUUACAGUCCUUUCUUGGACGAGCCCUCGGAGAAUAUACGGCAGUCGGCAGUACAACUUCAAUAUCUAACUGUCAAUUCGAUGUUCAUAUUUUACUGGUGUAUCGAUGAUAGAGUCGUGUUAGACAUAAAUGGCUUUAAACAGUUUGAACCUUUGUUAAACUUCUUGAAUUCUUAGCACAAACGCCAAAAAUAUUUGUGCAAUAUAUUUUUUUAAGUAUACCUACAUUCACAAAAAUGCUAGAUAAAAUCGGAUCUCAUUAUGAACGGCAAGAAUCGAACUGGGUGGCUGAAGGAGGUUUUGGAAAUGAAACUGUGGUUGACCGAGUUCCAUCAGAUAUGAUGCACCUGGUUGAUCCUUCUUGGUAUCAAUUUCCACCAAUGGAAUCAAUGUGGUACAAAUGGUUAGGCGUUACUAUAUUCUUUUUGGGCAUAUUAUCAGUCGUGGGUAAUGGAAUGGUGAUUUAUAUAUUUACCUGUACAAAAAAUCUUAGAACGCCAUCCAACUUACUGGUAGUUAAUUUGGCGUUUUCCGAUUUCUGUUUGAUGUUCACAAUGUGUCCGGCAAUGGUUUGGAAUUGUAUUUACGAGACGUGGAUGUUUGGACCUUUUGCUUGUGAACUGUAUGGUAUGUUUGGAUCAUUAUUUGGGGUUACAUCAAUAUGGACAAUGGUCUUUAUAGCUUUAGACCGUUAUAACGUAAUAGUUAAGGGAUUAUCUGCAAAACCUAUGACAACCAAGUUAGCAUUAUUACAAAUAUUUUGUAUAUAUCUGCAUGGACUUUUUUGGACUUUAACCCCUUUUUUUGGAUGGAGCCGAUAUGUACCAGAAGCAAACAUGACAGCAUGUGGCACUGAUUAUUUAACUCUGACGUGGCACAGUCGUAGUUAUGUUUUAGUAUAUGCAAUGUUCGCAUACUUUUUACCAUUGCUUGUCAUCAUCUAUGCAUAUUAUUUUAUUGUGAAGGCAGUAGCAUCGCACGAGAAAUCUAUGAGAGAACAAGCAAAAAAAAUGAAUGUAUCUUCUCUAAGAUCUGGAGAUCAAAGCAAUACUAGUGCAGAAUUUAAGUUGGCUAAAGUGGCUUUAAUGACAAUUUCCUUAUGGUUCAUGGCUUGGACACCAUACUUGGUUAUCAACUUUGCUGGAAUAUUUCAAUUAAUUACAAUUGAUCCAUUAUUUACAAUCUGGGGAUCUGUUUUCGCUAAAGCUAAUGCAGUAUACAAUCCAAUAGUAUAUGCGAUUAGUCAUCCAAAAUAUAGAUUGGCAUUAGAUAAGAAGUUCCCAUGUCUGGUAUGUGGAAAGUUAGAAGACGACAGGAGCGAUUCAAAAUCAGUUGCUUCUGCUCAAACAACUGUAUCCGAAGACAAAGUCUAAGAAUCAAACUAACUUAAUCUCUUGGAGUAUGUUUAAUCAAACUAUCAGUCAUUUAUAUUGUUUAUAACAACUAUACCUUUAUUUCAAUUUUCUACGUAUUUUCCUUAUCCAUUGGGAUUGGUUCUGUUUCAAAGCAGCCUCUAGUGUAUCUUUGAUGUGAACCAAGUUUAAUGGAUCUGUUUGUAGGUAUAAUGUUUCGAAAACAUUCUUUUUUUCUAAAUCUAAUUUCAAUGUAACAACUGGUACUGUUUGAUGUAAUAAAGAUCUUGAUCCCAUCUGUAUACAUAAUA